UCAGAUGGAGCGCACGUCUCUGGUCCCCAGUUAAAAGUAACAAGUAAAAACUAGUGCUGUGUCCAGUUUCGCGAUUCCAGAACAGAACAGAGUAAAUCGGGGAAAUGUAAAUAAAGCCAGGCAGAAAGUUUUGAAAUUCGAAAGCUCAGCAAAAAGUUUGGGCAAAAGUGCGAUCGCGAGUCGGCAACUUUUCAUUUUGUUUUCAUUCGUGCAGAAAAUGUUUUUAUUUUUUUGGGUUUUUAUUAAACUUGAUUUCUUGUAAUACCUAAAAGUGUCAUAUACAUACACAUACUCUCUGCAUGUUGGCCGCUAAUUAAUUGGUAAACAAACAAGUCUAAGUGCGAAAGUUAUUUCUAAAACCGCAACAUCGCUAAAAGGUGCAGUUAAAAAGCACUUGCCGUUGUCAUGCCUCAUCAUCAUCAUCAGCCGACGAGCAGCCAAAACAAUUUGACUUUUCUAAAAUCGAAUUACAAAUUCAAGCGCAGAGCAGCGAUGCCGGCCAUCCGCGCACUUCCUGCGAGAUCGACGGCAGCGGAAGCGCGUACACUGAGCCAAUUAGCGGCAGCAAUGUCAAAGACGUCAGCAGCAACAUCAACAUCAGAAGCAACACAAUUGGCAAGAGCAACUAGCCGCGAAUGUAGAACAAUUCUAAGUUUAUUUAUAGUAAGCGCAUGGAGCGUUUUGCAAGAGUUGGCCAAUUGCUGCUGCCAUGGCCGUGACGUCAAUGCGUUGCCUGAUUGUUCUGACGAGGUGUCAAUGGCACGUGAACAACAGCAACAUCAGCAACAUCAGCAACAACAUCAACAGCAGCAACAACAGCAGCAACAGCAACACCAGCUACAGCAGCACAAGCAACACCAGCAGCAACACGAACACUUGGCCAGUUCUAGUCCAAUGAAAAGCAUGCGCUGCACGAGAGCAACACCAAGAGGCACGGCAGCAACAUCAGCCGACACCGCAGCAACACCGCGAGCAGCAGCAGCAACUACUGGCGCUGGCCAUCAGUUGGUUGGACAGCCUUUGAUGGCUCUGUUAAUUGGAUUGCUGCUACUGAAUUUUCGCCUGGCGGCGGCUGGCACCUGUUGGCAGACGCACCUGGGCAGCGGAAAGUGCGGCCAGGUCUUCUCGACGAACAUCUCGAGGUCGGAGUGUUGUGGCGCCAGCCAGAGCUUUUCCUACACAGAUCGCGAGCUGAGCAGCGUGGAGUACUUCUUUGCGACGGCCAUCGGUGGCGGAGUGGAGUGCUCGCCCUGCAUGGAAAGCUGCAAGGGCUUCAAGUGCGGGACCAAUAAAAAGUGUGUGAAGCGCAAAGGUCGGCCCAAGUGCGUUUGUGCCCCCGAAUGCGGAGCAGCGCUGCGUCGCAGGACGCAACAGCAACAUCAACGGCAAAUGCAAUUGCAACUGCAACAGCAACAGCAACAGGACAUGUCGCGCGAAUCCCGUAGCCUAAGUAGCGAGAAUUCCAACUACAAUUUAGAAUUAGACGGCGGCAGGCAACGCCAACGUGCUGAUAACCAAAGAAAGCUGCAGCUGCCGAGCGAGUCGAAGCACCGAAGACUUUUGAUCAUAGACAGCAGCAAUUUGCCAGUGCCAGUGCCAAAGCCAAAGCCAGUGCCAGUGCCAGAUCAGCCCACAAACUCAAACUCAAACGCAAAUGCCAAUGCUGGCACUGCCAAACGUGGCCGAGUGGAGAUGAGGGGCUAUGAGAGGCGCAGGCACAGAAACAGCCAUGGCAAACACUUAACAAGAUCAAUGACGACAGGAGCCAGAGCCAAUGACUCGUCCCCGGCAGACAAGACGCCCAGGCAGUCGUCGGUACAUGCAGAUGCAGAUGCAGAUGCAGAUGCAGAUGCCGAUGCAGUUGCAGACUUGGCUCAGUCUAGACUUGGCGACUUGGCAAAUGCUAAUGAACCCGCCAACGACAUUAAUAGACAGUCGGCUAGAGUCAGACACCAGCAUGCCAGACGCAUUGAGCAUGCUCCAAAUCCCGGUCCAAGUCCAAGUCCAGACAAUGGACUCCACCAUCGAAUGGCAACAGAAGCCCAGCAGUCAGCAAAUACCACAAUGUCUGGCUCUGUCUCUGGUUCUGUCUCUGGCUCUGGCUCACAUCCGAAUCCGAAGCCAAAUCGCAUCUUUCAGUUGCAACGCGGAAGUGAAACGGCUGCGUCAUCGGACCUCGCUAAUGCCCAUGACUUGGCUCUUCUGGGCGGAAUCGGCAUCGGAAUCUAUGAGCCCCUGCCGCUGCAGCAGCAGCAGCAGCGGCAUCCACAGCAGCAACUGCACUCGAAUCCGGUUUGCGGCUCCGACGGACGCACCUACAACACCGAGUGCCAGCUGCGCAAGCGCGCCUGCCGCACCAACAACGCCCAACUGGAGGUCGCCUAUCGGGGCCACUGCAAGAACAGCUGCAGCGGAGUCCAGUGCCUGAAUGGGUUGACCUGCGUGGAGGACCAGUACAUGAUGCCGCACUGCAUCUCCUGCCGGAUUGAGUGUCCCUGGGAUGGACUGGAUGCGGAUAUGGAUGCCAGUGAGGCCGUGUGCGGCGUGGAUGGGAAGACAUAUAGGAGCGCCUGUGAUAUAAAUCGAAUGAUUUGCAAAAUUGGACGUUCCAUUGCCGUGGCAUAUCCGGGACCCUGUCGAGCGGGCCGAGCUGUGAGCUGUGCGGACAUCAAGUGUGGGCCGAAGGAUAGCUGCCUGGUGGAUCUGCAGACGCGCCAGCCGCGGUGCGUGUCCUGUCGCUACAAGUGUCCGCGGAAACAGCAGCGACCGCAGGUACACAAAAUAUGCGGCUACAACAACCAUACAUACAACUCGUGGUGCGAGAUGCACAAGCACUCCUGCGAAUCCCGAUACUUUAUUGGCGUCAAGUCCCAGGGGAGCUGCUAG